GUGAACUGUUGGUCUUUUGGGGUUAAUCAGGCUCCAGUUUGAUGGCUUCCAAACUGGUUCUUCACCUUAGUUAGUGGAGGGGGAAACUGGGCCUCCGUCUCCAGACUCGUGUCUCCCAUUGGAGCUCCUGUAGACACACACCCUUAGCUGGAGACCUUUGUGCUCUUUAAAACAGAGAAGGAAGCAUUUCAUCAGAGGUAGAGAUGAAAAUGUUGCCUGCCAGCAAGUCCUGGUUGCUCGUUGGAGUACUGCUGUGUGCCAAGUCCAGCGCUGGAUCUGCAGCAGACGCCCAAGGUGACAAAAAUGCCCACCCAGAAGUGAUUACUACGUAUGGGCGCCUUCGAGGCAUGGUAAUCGGUGUGAAGGGUACUGACCAGCCUGUGAAUGCUUUUCUUGGAAUCCCUUUUGCAAAACCACCCACUGGGUCCCUCAGAUUCACCCCUCCGCAACCACCAGAGCCCUGGAGUCACGUGAGAGAUGCAACAUCCUUUUCUCCAAUGUGUUUGCAAGAUCCUGGAUGGUUUGAAAUUUUUCAGGAAUUUAUGAAUGUAACAUUUCCUGACACUACAACAUCUGAAGAUUGUCUCUACUUGAAUGUUUACACCCCAGAUACAAAAGGCCAGUUACCUGUAAUGGUUUGGAUUCAUGGAGGAGCUCUAGAGAUGGGGGGAGCUUCCAUGUAUGAUGGAUCAGCAUUGUCUGCAUAUGAAGAUGUGGUAGUUGUGACAAUUCAUUACAGGGUGGACAUCCUUGGAUUCUUCAGUACUGGAUCUGCAGAGGCCCAUGGCAACUGGGGCUUAUUGGAUCAAACUGCAGCUCUCCGGUGGGUUCAGGAAAACAUCAGGAGCUUCGGAGGAGAUCCCCAGUGUGUGACCAUAUUUGGCGAGUCUGCAGGAGGCUUUAGCGUUGGUGCUCAUCUAUUAUCUCCAUUGUCCAAAGGUUUGUUUCACAGAGCCAUAUCGCAAAGUGGAGUUGCUCUGCUUUCGGGUUUGUGGACUCCCCACCCAGAAGUCCUUGCUAAAGAAAUAGCAGACGUCUCUGGCUGUGGAACAAGCAGUGCUGAAAUGCUGCGUUGCUUAAGGAAUAAAACAGAAGAAGAGCUAGUAUCCCUGAUGAAGGAAGUUGCACCCAUGUAUGCAGUUGUGGAUGGCGAGUUCUUUCCAAAGGCACCUGAAGAGCUUCUGGCUGCAAAGGAGUUCAGCGCCAUCCCCUAUCUAGUUGGUGUGAAUAACCAUGAAUAUGGGUUGUCCAUCAUGGUCAUAGUGAUGAAAUCAAAAGACAUACUAGAUGGCAUAGAUCGGGAGAACAUCACUGCAGCAUUCCAACCUGUGGCCUCCAGUAUGGGGCUCUCGCCUGAAUCUGCAAAGAAGGUAUUGGAUGAGUAUCUGGGAGACACAGAAGAUCGCAUCAAGUUACGAGAGCGCUUCCAAGAGCUGAUGGGAGAUGCUGUCUUUGUGGUUCCUUCUGUUCAAAUAGCAAGAAGCCAGAGAGAUUCUGGUGCUCCUGUCUACUUUUAUGAAUACCAGCACGGGCCCAGUAGGUUCAAAGAUAUCAGGCCAGACUCUGUGAAGGCAAACCAUGGUGACGAAAUAUUCUCUGUCUUCGGAUUCCCAUUCUUAAAUGCAUCACCCUUCGCUAAUGAUGGAAUGGAGGAUGAGAAGCAACUCAGCAAGACAAUCAUGAAAUACUGGGCCAACUUUGCUCGCACAGGAAAUCCAAAUGGCAAAGGGUUGGUGAAGUGGCCACUCUAUGACCAGAACGAAGGAUACCUGGAACUGAACCUGCAGCAACAGGCAGCGGAGAAACUGAAAAAGAAGCAGGUUGACUUCUGGCUUGGGAUCUUGAAUGACAAAAUGAAAAAAGCCACAAAAGAAAAGGAAGCACAUGAGGAUCUUUAACUGGCAGUAUUGUUUGCUGUUCUCCUGCAACACCAAAUACUUUAAAAUGGUACCUGAAAGCAGUAUUUAUCAAAUCAUGUUUUAGUCCUAAAGGGAGGGAAGGAAGUUUGAGGUGAUUCUUAUCAGCAGGUAGGUAGUUAUUGACAGAUGCUGUCAAUGAAUACUGAGAACAGAAAUCAGGGCUGCUGUAUUUAGUCAAUUAAUUGGUUAGGUGACUUGACAAGGUGCAUGGGAUGAAAUGGGUAUCAUAGGUUAAAAUUUAAGAAAGUGUUUUAAACUGGAAUCAUAUCAUGUGUCUUACGGCUCAAGCAGAAAAGGUUGAUUCUGGGAGAUCCAGCUCCUAACCGCCCCGCUCCAAAUUAGGUGUGUGGGGACGCAAUUCAGAGGGGAGGGGAUUUAAACCUCUCCUUAAUCCUCCAAUCUGAAACAGCCAUGGGAAGUUGUCUGCCUAAUCGGGGAAACAUACAGGCUAUGCAUAUGUCAUCUAAAAAUGCAGUAUUUUCUUGUUCAGAACUGCUCUUUAUAUUCUUUUGGAAAUUCCCACAGAUUUGAUUGACCCAUUAAAAGACACAUUGAAGGUUU